AUGCGUUCGGCAGCAUCGCAUCGCAUACCACUACUCCCUCGAUCACAGCCACAUUUCCUUUCAUCAUCGCUUCCGCGGACGACAUGGCCAUCUGCUCGGACCUCGCGCAGCAUCUUCGCAGCCCUCCAGGCCAGAACCCUGUCGACAGACGCGGAAGAGCCUGCCCAACGCCCCUUGACCGAUCGCACCCAAGCAGAUAAAGUGAGCCAGGACCAGACCGAUGCGGAGGCCAUCGCCGCGCGCAAGGCUGCUGCGCCGGCGUAUCAGUUGUGGAUCACAUGCAAAAAGUGCUUGGAGAGGUCCAGCCAUACCAUUUCGAAGCAGGCGUACCAUUUCGGCUCCUGUGUGGUGCAAUGUCCCAAAUGCAAGAGUCAACAUCUCAUUUCAGAUAAUUUAAAGAUCUUUUCGGACACUAACAUCACGAUGGAGGAUAUCGCGAAAGAGCACGGACAAAAACUGAGGAAAGGGAGAUUGGGCGCUGACGGCGACAUUGAAUUCUACGAUGAAGAUGCAGAAGCCAAGGUGGCACAUGCAGAAACCAAAGCGGCGUGA